GGGCGAUGGCGGCGGCGGCGGCGGCGAGGGGAGCGGGCGGCGGGGCGGAGCUCGUGCAGCUGAACGUGGGCGGCCGGAGGCGAGUGCGGGGGGGGGGUCGGCGUCGCCAUGGAGACGCCUGGCCACGCCCCCUUGAGGGCCAAGGCGCUAGUCCUCAGGGCCCCGCGCGGACCCGCAGCCGCUUUCCUUGGGGGCCGGGGGGGGGGCGGGGACCUUCUGCCCGGCCUGCGCUCACGGCCCCUCCUCCUUUCUCUGCAGGUUCAGCACCUCCCGCCAGACCCUCACCUGGAUCCCGGAUUCCUUCUUUUCCAGGUGCCCGGGGGGGGGAGGGGGAGGGGGGGAGAAGAGCCCCUUCGGUCGUCUUCGAGCAUUUACACCCCUAAUUAUAAGAGUGGCUGGGGAAACCCAGCCAAAUGGGCAGGGUAUUAUUUAUUAUUAUUAUUAUUAUUAUUAUUAUUAAUACCCCGCCCAUCCAGCUGGGUUUCCCCAGCCACUCUUGGAAGCACCCAACAGAUUAAAAAUAGAAUAAAACAUCAGUCAUUAAAAACUUCCCUAAACAUGUCUUCUAAAAGUCUGGUAGUAGUUGUUCUCUUUGACAUCUGGUGGGAGGGUGUUCCACAGGGCAGGCGCCACCACCGAGAAGGCCCUCUGCCUGGUUCCCUGUAACUUGGCUUCUUGAAGGGAGGGAACCACCAGAAGGCCCUUGGAGCUGGACCUUGGUGUCCGGGCUGAAUGAUGGGGGUGGAGACGCUCCUUCAGGUCUACUGGACCGAGGCUGUUUAGGGCUUUCAAGGUCAGCACCAACACUUUGAAUUGUGCUUGGAAACAUCCUGGGAGCCAAUGUAGGUCUUUCAAGACCGGUGUUAUGUGGUCUUGGCAGCUGCUCCCAGUCACCAGUCUAGCUGCCGCAUUCUGGAUUAGUUGUAGUUUCCGGGUCACCUUCAAAGGGAGCCCCACAGAGAGCGCAUGGCAGUAGUCCAAGCGGGAGAUAACGAGAGCAUGCACCACUCUGGUGAGACAGUCUGCGGGCAGGGAGGGUCUCAUCCUGUGUACCAGAUGGAGCUGCUAGACAGCUGCCCUGGACACAGAAUGGACCUGCACCUCCAUGGACAGCUGCGAGUCCAGAAUGACUCUGCGCACCUGCUCCUUCAGGACACAGUUGCCCCAUUCAGGACCAGGCUGUCCCCCACACCUGUUGUUGGAGGCUGCCUGUCUUCAGCAUCAGGGGUCAGAAGGAUGGGUCACAGGUAUUACUUAAAAACUAAUAAAUUAAGGUGUAGCCCCAUUGCAGGUAUUUCUUGUCCUCUUGCGUGAUGUGUGUGUUUGUGUAGCCCCACGUAGAGCACAUGGCAGUAGUCCAAGUAGCCCCAUCCGAUUUGGUCCUCGAGGAAGGGGGAAGCCCUGGGACCCCCUGCCCAGGGAAUGCUGGCUGGGCUGCAGGGCAUCUCUCCCCUGGACUUGGAGGCCUCGUCAAGAAUUUCGGGGGGCGCGCCAAGCAGCCUCCCCCUGAGGGUUGUUGCUGGGAGGAGGCUCAGGAUGCUCAGCCCCCAAGAGCCCCAUUUCCUGCAGGGUUGCCUGCAGAGCUGCCUCUGAACAGCCGUGGGUCUCCAUGGGGGGAGGAGAGGCCACAUGUUCCGUGGCGACAGGGGAAGCCAGCCUGACUCGUCUGCCUGGGCCACCUUGAGCGCAGGCCUUCAGGGUGGCUCUGCCUCUCCAGCCUCGCUUGCCCUGAUUCAGCAGCAGCCUCACCUGCAUCCGUUUGACUUGCAGCCUCCUCAGCGGACGGAUCUCCACCUUGAAGGAUGAAACGGGGGCGGUGAGUGGCUCUGAGAUCCUUUUCCUUGCCCUGUUCCUGGAGAGCGGGAUGAGGGUGGCACAGAGGGUGGCAGGAGGGGUAGAUAACCUGGUGCCCUCUUGGACUGCAGCUCCCAUCAUCCCUGACCCCCCUAGCGAGCGGCUGGUGGGAGCUGGAGUCCAAUAGAGAAUUUUAAAGGUGGAAGGGACCCCAAAGGGUCAUCUCGUUCAGCCCCCUGCAGUGCAGGAGUAGCAGCUAAAUCAUCUCUGAUGGGUAGCCGUCCAGCUUCUGUUUAAAAACCUCCAAGGAAGGAGAGUCUGCCACCUUCCCAGGGAGUCUGUCCCUCUGCCAAAUGUCUCUUGCCGUCAGAAAGAUCUUCCCAAUGUUUGGAGGCCCCAUGUCCAAACUGUCCGUGCUGUGAGGAAUUAAGUGAAAUGAACACCCGGCACAUCUGCAGAAUCACAUCUGCCUAAAUGGGGAGAAUGAGACUUCUUCCCCAAGAGCUUCUCUGGGCUCCGUUCCUGUGGAGCAUUUCUCAAGACGGAUGCAAGCAUAAUGAAGUUUUGAUUGGUGGACUUGGCACUACUACAGAACUCAGUCUUUUAGUGUGGCAACACUUUGGAACUCCCUGCCUAUUGACAUCAGGCAAGCAUGAUGAUUGUCUUUUUGGCACCUGCUAAAAACAUUUUUGUUUAGACCAGCCUGUUCAGUUGCUUAGAAAGUUCAUGUGAGUUUUGAUCUGUUUUUAGUCUGUUGUUAGAUUCAGAUAGGUAGCCGUGUUGGUCUGACACAGUCGAAAUAAAUAAAAUAAAUAAAUAAAUAAAUGUCCAGUAGCACCUUAGUUGGUCUCUAAGGUGCUAGUGGACUUUUUUAUUAAUUUAGUCUAUUGUUAGUUUUAACUUUUUGAAUGUCUUAAAUGAUUGCUGCUCAUUUUUCUCAGUGAUGCUUUUAUUAUUUUAUUUUUUGGAAAACUACUUUGAGGUUCUUUUGACAAUCCAUUGGUAUAUAAAUGUUAUGAAAUAAAUACAUAAAUUAUAAGCUGACUUUGGCAGCAGGCCUCAAUGGCAGCUGGGAUGGUGCCCCCCCCCCCUUUUCAGCACACAAACUGUGUUUUUCUGUCUGCUACUCUGGCCUUCAUCCCCCUUCUCACAUCAGACUCUGUGAGCAGCUUCUCUUCCCAGGGCUGCAGUCGUAUUGCAUGGCAGGAGAAUCCCUUGGCUCGGUCUUUUUGGGACACACUGCAAGCUACCUUGGUGCAACUCUGCAGCCAAACACCCCCCUGUCUCUUUCCUCCUAGAUCUUCAUCGACCGAGACCCCGAUAUCUUUGCCCCCAUCCUCAACUUCCUCCGGACCAAAGAGCUUGACAUCAGGUACGGUAGGAAGACCUCAGCAGCCUCUCUAGGCUGGGCAUGGAGCCGGGGGCUGGAGGGGGGUCUGUGUCGUGCUCUGCUGUUCCAGCACUUUCUUUUGAGAUUCCUUGGGAGGCAGGUUGUGCCGGAUCAGGUCCAGCAUCCUUUUCUCACAGUGGCUGACCAGAUUAUUGGAGGCGAAUUUUCCCUGGUGGCAGACGACAGAACCACGAGACUGAUGUAAAAUACUCAAACAAGAGUUUUAUUACGGCUAUACAAAUAACAAACACAAAGGAUGUAGAUGUUCUCUUUCUCAGGCAGUUGCAAACUGCAACUUCUCUCUUCAUUCACAUCACCAGCUGUGCCUAAUUAGCCGGAAAACCACACCCAGAACUCAUAGAAAAAGUCCUUAAAGUUAUCUGCACCCUUAUCCUUCGUGACAAAUGAUACUGAACACAGAUGCCGGGGAAACCCACAAGUGAAAUCUGAGCCCUCUCCUCCUCCGUGAAUUUGUCCAGUCCUCUUGUUAAGCCUUCCAGGCUGGUGGCCAUCAGUUCCGCAGUUUAACUCUGCUGCGUCAAGUAGGACUUCGUUUUCUCUGUCCUGAAACUCCCAGCCUUCAGCUUCACUGCAUCUCCAAGAGUUCUAGAGUUAGGAGAGAUGGAGAACAACUUCUCUGUCCCCACUUCUUCCAGGCCAUGCCUAAUCUUAUAAGCCUCUGUCAUGCCACCUCUUUCUUGUCAAUUCUCUAAACAAAAAAUUCCGAAUGCUUCAACCUUUCUUCCUAGCCCUCACUUUCCCUCUGGCCUUUUUGGCGGAUGGGGUGGGUGUCUUCCAUGCAAACCUGGGGGGAUGAGGCUCCCUGGUGACCUUUCUCUUUGUGCCCCCAGGAGGACCAACGUGUCACUGCUCCUGCACGAAGCGCAGUUCUACGGGAUCACGCCACUAGGUAUGCACAAAGGGGCAUCCGACUUGCCUUGGCAGCACAUGGUUUGUGGUUGUUUUUGCAAAGUCUGGAUUUUGGGGGUGGGUGGGGCUUGCACCAUGUUGUGGUCCCAAAUACUUGGUGCUUUGGUGAUUUGUCUCUGCUCUCCCUGCUUUAAUUUUCUGGUCCAGCCCCCCCCCCCCCCGCUGCACUCUGACCCACCUCCAGAGAGGCAGCAGGGCUGGGUGGGCGAGGGGCCUCAGUGCCCCCCAGGGUCAAAGGCCACGGUGGGCUGAUCUGAUCCUCUUCCUUGCUUCCCUUGUGUCUAGUGCGCCGCCUGCAGUUACGUGAGGAGCUGGAGCGCUCAUCCUGCGGGAGUGUCCUUUUCAAUGGCUACCUGCCGCCACCAGGUAGGAGGCAGGGCACACCUGGGGAAGGGAGGGGGGGCUUUGCAGGACUUUGGGUUUACUUAUUUAUUCCAUAAAAUUUGCACACCACUUGAUUGAUCAGUAACCCUCAAAGCAGUUUAUCAAAGGAUAAAACAAUGUUAUCAGGCAAAAUCUACAAUACUUGGCCAACUCCCAAGAGACUGCGACCUACUCACAAAAUUAAAAACUGGCAGUGAGCUUCUUUGGGGGGAGAGCCAGUGAUCUAUCACAGACGUCCAGUGAUCUGUCAGUAGAUCACGAUCUACCUGUUGGACCUGCCUGCUUUAAAAUAUACUAAGCAGAUUAAAACUUGCAUGGACUUUCUAAGCGCCUGGGCAGGCUUGUCUAAACAGCGAAUGAUUUUAGCAAGUGCCCGAAAGAGUGUCUGCCUGACGUCAAGGGGCAGGGAGUUCCAAAGUGCAGGUGCUGCCAGACUAAAAGAUUGAUUUCUUAUAAACACGGAACAGGGAUUAUGUGGCACCUGUAAGUGGUGCUAGUUCUGCCAGUUUAAGUGGUCAGGUGGGCACAAGAGGGGUGAGGAGGUCCUGCAGGUAAACUUGUCCUAAGUGGUUAAGGGCUUUGCAUACUAAUACUAAUGCCUUGAGCAGCCCGUGGCAAAUGGGCAACCAGCGCUGACCUCUGAGCACCAAAGGCGGGAUAUGCUGGCCAGACCUCCCUCGUGCUGCGGUAAUUUGGGCUGGGGGUGGAGGUCCCGGUGCCCAUGACGAAGGCUGGGCUGGCUCUGCCUCUCCUCCACUUUGCCCUCUUGCUCAGCCAUCCUCACCCCUCCUCUCCUUCCCAGUCUUCCCUGCCAAACGGAGGAACCGCCACAGCGUCACGGGAGCACAGCUGGCGGCCCGCGCGGCGAACAUCUCGGAGCGGGGCCUGGUGCGCCGGAGCAACACCAUGCCUCCCAACCUGGGGAACGCAGGGCUCCUGGGGCGGCUGCUGGAGGAGAGGGCCUCAGCCACAGGUACGUGCCACUCCGGGGAGAUGGGGGAAGAAGGGGCAGGGGCUGCCAGCAGGAGGGAGUUUGGGUCUGGGUCUCAGAUGCUGGGGGGGGGGUCUCCCUUGCCCCACCCUCUCUGCUGUCAAACGGGGGCAACAACCAGGGAACUGCACACCUCCCAUGUUCCCACUUUCGGGGUCAGUGGUUCCCUGAGUGGGUGGCGUGGUCCUGUGGGGGGCAGCGUGGUAUAGUGGUAAAGAGCGGUAGACUCGUAAUCUGGGGAACCGGGUUCGUGUCUCUGCUCCUCCACAUGCAGCUGCUGCGUGACCUUGGGCCGGUCACACUUUUCUGAAGUCUCUCAGCCUCACUCCCCUCACAGAGUGUUUGUUGUGGGCGAGGAAGGGAAAGGAGAUUGUGAGCCGCUUUGAGACUCCUUAGGGUACUGAUAAAGUGGAAUAUCAAAUCCAAACUCUUCUCCAAACUCUACAAAGUAUAUACGUGUUGAUCUAUCCCAUAUGGGGAUAAUCCCAGUGUCCUCUGUUGGCUGGAAGCUAACAGAGCAUCUCUAGCUAAAAAACUGUUCCAACGAUGAAGGAAGUCAAAAAGAGAGAGUGUGCUGCGUGCCUUGUCCUUUUGUUACCUGGACAGGUAAGGUCACACCCACCUCUAGUCACAUGCAAAGGAAGUAUGUCCCAGCCAGGAGGAAACAGGAGGUUUUUGACUGGCUGGACCAAACAUCCCCUUGCAUGUCCACUCUAGGAAAACAAGGAAUGUUGUACUUGACUGCUACUUAUGUGUCACAUCCCACAUGCAUCCCAAAUGGGGCAUAUUUAUCCCCUGGGAUCUGACCAGGCGAGGCUGGGGAGCUGGCCUGUGGUGAUCCCAGUUCCCCUUUUCCACUGGCCCCGGGUGCCAGAAGGGGGAUGUCCCACAGGGGAACAGCCAGGAAGGGGAGGGGCCUUGCUCAGCGUCUCUCUUUGUGUCCACCUCUUUCCUCCAGGAGGGACGGGUGACCCUGGCGUGGUGCGUCUGGUGUGUGGGCACCACAACUGGAUUGCGGUGGCCUUUGCUCAGUUCUUCGUCUGCUACCGGUGAGUGGCCCUCUGGGGCAUGGGGAGGCAAACUAAGGCCGGGGGGUCAGAUCCAGCCCAAUCGCCUUCUCAUUCCGGCCCACGGACGGUCCGGGUAUCAGCGUGUUUUUACUUGAGUAGAAUGUGCCCUUUUAUUUAAAACACAUCUCUGGGUUAUUUGUGGGGCAUAGGAAUUUGUUCAUUUCCCCCCCAAAAUGUAGUCCAGGCCCCCACAAGGUCUGAGGGACAGUGGACCGCCCCAUGCUGGAAAAGUUUGCUGACCCCUCUCUUGGGCCUCCCCAGCCCAGGGGUUCAGCGGGAUGCUCUGGGUCCAAGAGCGCCCUCCUUCCCAGGCCCCCCCCCACCCCGCUUCCUGACUGCUCUCUCUGUCCCCUAGGAUGAAAGAGACGUCUGGCUGGCAGCUGGCUUUCUGCAGCCCCCGGCUGGACUGGGUCAUUGAGCGGUUGGCGCUGAACGCCCGGGUGCUGGGGGGCUCCCUGGGGGACAGCGACAAGAUGGUGGCGGCCGCCUCCUGCAGCGAGAUCCUCCUCUGGGCUCUGCAGCCCGACGGGAACGGCACAGAGAUUGGUGAGGCCUGGCAGCGGGAACAGGCAGCCUCCAGUUGGGGGAGCUCACAGGCACUGCCCAGGGCCAAGUGGAGUGGCCCCUCCGAUGGGCACUUAGGUCCAGCCUCGGGGAGUUUCAGCCCCCCAGCCCUGCUGCCCCCUGGCAUUUUCCCAGCCCCAAGCCCAGUGAGCUCCCAGUCCUGGCUGGGUCUAGCAGCUGGAUUAGAUGUCUCCCCCCUCCAAGGCUGGAUAGCGAUAUAUCAUUUUAAUAUCAUCUUCAUUUAGAGCAUAACAUGCUGUAAAUUUUAUGGAAAUAUAGACAGAUAAAUUGUAAACAGACCAGAACAUUGGCAGGAUUAUUGUAAUAACCUGCAGUUUCAUAAGAGUAUAUAUUUUAAGUAGAUGGAUAAAGGUUUCUGUUUGAUUUAUCCUCAGUUUUGCCUGGGGAGUGGGCAUCAGGAAGGUGUUCGUCCUCUCAUUGGUACAUGCGAGGAAAGGAAACCCUGGCUCUUCGAAAUUUCCUUUCUUGCAGUGCCUCUCUGUGUUGCUUCACAUCCCACAAACACUGAUCUCCCGUGAGACCUUUAAAAGGGGGCUGGGCGGGUCUGCUGGUGCCCCAAAGGCUACCCCUCCUGCCUCUGGAGGUUGGGGGGAGGCCCCCCUUGUGCCUUUCAUGCCCCACUUUUGGACUUCCCCUUUGGCCCUCUUCUCCUGGUCUGAUCCAAUGGGAAUGUUCCUCGGACUCUCUCUCUCUCCCUCUAGGUGUCUUCCACCUAGGAGUCCCCGUGGAGGGUCUGUUCUUCGUGGGCAGCCAGCUCAUCGCCACCAGCCACACAGGGAAGAUUGGCGUCUGGAACGCAGUCACCAAACACUGGCAGGUGGGCAGGCGGUCCAGCGCCCGGUCUCUGGGUGAAGGGUGGCAGGGGCUGCGGCUGCAGACGUCUUCUUCUGGAAGCCGCCUCCAGAGCUUGUCGGCAGCAUCUGGUCAGGGGAGAAAAAGGUGGUAGGUGGGGGGGGGUCUCGGGGUCUCGGCUCCUCUUGAGUACCAUGUGCAGUUUCUGGGAUGACCCUAAGCAGGUCAAGUCUUUCCCCCCCCAAAGUGUCUAUUGAUAUAUUUAUUUUGUGAAUUGUUUCCCAUGGCUUCUCCUGUGGGAAUGUUCAAGGUAGCAGGAGAGGAUAUAUUGUUUAUUAAUAUCCUUUCUAACUUGCGCUAGCAAGUUUCUUUACUUAGCAGAGUUACAUUCCCCUUUUUACAUGCACAGCAGAUAGCCGGUUGCAGGCUCGUGUGAGCCUCUCACUAUUAUACAAUUCAGUCUGUCUCAGAUUGAAUUGCACGUUCCUGGUAAGUUCCCUUGAAUCCCUCUUAAAAGAAUAAAGAUGCCACAAUCUUAUUCAAAGUCAAUAAGAGAAGUUUACUCACAUCAGUUCACAGUUGGAUCCCUGAAGGCAAUAUUAGUUACAAAUCUGUACAUGUGGAUCUGUGCCAUAUAGGGGAAUAAUCCCAGUGCUUCUGCUAGCUGAGAGCCAGCAGAGCAGUCCUAGCUAGAAGCUGGUCAAACAAAGAAGGAAGUCAAGAAGAAGGAAGGGUGCUGCGUGACUUGUCCUUUUGUUGCCUGGACAGGUGAGGUCACGCGCACCUCUAGUCACAUGUAAAGGAAGGAUGCUCCAGCCAGGAGGAACAGGAAGUUUUGACUGGCAGAACCAAACAUUCCCUCGCAUGUCUUCUCUCGCAUUACAAGGAAUGUUGUACUUGACUGCCUCUCAUGGAUCACAUCCCACAUUUCCCUCACCUCAUCCACAGCCUCACAGGUGCAUCAUUGCGGCCGGCCUCCUCUGGCUUCCCAUUUGCUGUCCUCAAAACAGCAUCAGAGAAUUGUAGAGUGGAAAGGGAGCCGAGGGCCACCCAGCCCAGCCCUCUGCAAUGCAAGGAUUGCAGCUAGAACACCCACGACAGAGGGCCACUCAACCUCUGUUUCAAGCCCGUCCCCUUCCCAGCUUGUCCGUCCCACUGUCCAAUGGAUCUUCCCAAAGUUUGUCCUAAGAUUUAGUCUGAAACUCCUUUCUUGCAACUGGAAGCCAUUGGUUCAGGUCCUGCCCCUGGGGGAGCAAGAAACAAGCCCUUCAGAUACUUGGAGAGGGCUAUGAGCUGGCCGCCUGCCGCCUGUUCGCCUCCCAGAUCUUUUUCUGACCGCUCUCCCCCUCCCUCCGGCCCCCACAGACUCAGGACAUGGUCCCCAUCAACAGCUACGACGCAGCCGGCUCCUUCUUGCUCCUGGGGUGCAACAACGGAUCCAUCUACUAUGUAGGUGAGUGAUGGGGAGGGGGCUCCUUGGCCCGGAGGUCUCCUCCAGCCCUUUCCAGGGCCAACGGGGAGCCCGUGCUUUCUGCGCGGAGGAAAAAGCGAGGGCCAGGCAGACAGGCCACCCAAACUCCUCUCUGCCGAGACCACAGAACACCGGUCUUGAAAGACCUACAUUGGCUCCCAGGACGUUUCUGGGCACAAUGCAAAGUGUUGGUGCUGACCUUGAAAGCCCUAAACAGCCUCAAAGGCCCAGUAGACCUGAAGGAGCGUCUCCACCCCCAUUGCUCAGCCCGGACACUGAGGUCCAACUCCGAGGGCCUUCUAGCGGUUCCCUCAUUGUGAGAAGUGAGGUUACAGGGAACCAGGCAGAGGGCCUUCUCGGUGGCGGCACCCGCCCUGUGGAACAUUCUCCCAUCAAUGUCAAAGAAAUUAACAACUAUCUGACUUUUGGAAUUACCUGAAGGCAGCCCUGUUUAGGGAAGUUUUUAAUGACUGAUGUUUUAAUGUAUUUUUAAUUUUUUGUUGGAAGCCGCCGAGAGUGGCUGGGGAAACCCAGCCAGAUGGGUGAGGUAUAAAUAAUACAUUUUUAUUAUUGUCCUCUUAGAUGUGCAGAAGUUCCCACUGCGCAUGAAGGACAACGACCUUCUGGUGACGGAGCUCUAUCGCGAUCCCUCGGAGGAUGCCAUCACCGCCCUCAGUGUCUACCUGACGCCCAAGAGCAGUAAGGGGCUCUCCUCCUUCUCCUCCUCCCCGCCCCCCCAUCUCUGCCUUCAGAGCUGGGCAAGGGGGGUCUGAGCAGCUAGCCCUUCUGCCCCCUUCUCCUCUACUUGCUUCAGCAAUGUAGCCCUCCCCGGGGGGCAUCUAGUCCAACCCCCUGCAAUGCAAGAUUCUCAGCUGGAUCAUGUAUGACAGGUGCCCAUCCAACCUCUGCUUAAAAACCUCCAUGGAAGGAGGGGCCACCACCUCCCCUUCCCAAACAGUUCCGGCUGUCAGGAAGUUCUUCCUAAUGUUUGGUCAGAUUGGACCAUGGAGCCCCUGGGGUUCCCUUCCAACUCUGCGAUUCUGUGGCUCCAUGACUCUGGAAUAUCCUUUAUUGCCUUUUGAAUCUGUUGGUUUGUAAUGACCAAUUAGGUUCUUUUAAUCUGUUUAGGUCUUUAACGUAGAUGAGACCCAGUACACCCUAGGAAAGCACAAGUCAACCUCAGACAACCAGUAGUGGUAAUAUUGCUUUAUUGAUUCAUAAGUAAUUCACCUGUCAAGACAAGGAAUAUGGACUCAACCAGACAUCCAUUCAUACGCCUUUCAUACUCACCACUCUUCACUCUUCUCUGAAUUGAUCAGGUUCAGUAAGAGCCACGGGGGACAGCGCUGUCAAAUGUCUGGCACACAACUUAGGCUGGAGGGCUUUGCCAUGUAUACACCUCAUUGUUCAUCUAAUGCUUGGCAUUACGCAACUCCUUACUCCUUGCUUUUGGCAUCUCACAUCCUUGCCCUUGGCAUCAUCUCACAACUCUUAUCUUACGAGCUCCGAGGUCCUUCUGGCCGUUCCCUCAUUGCGAGGUUACAGGGAACCAGACAGAGGGCCUUCUCGGUGGUGGUGCCUGCCCUGUGGCAUGCCCUCCCAAGGAAAUAAGCAGCUAUCGUAUUUUUAAAAGACAUCUGAAGGCAGCCCUGUUUAGGGAAGUUUUUAAUAUUUAAUGCUGUAUUGUUUUUAACACCCGAUUGGGAGCCGCCCAGAGUGGCUGGGGAGACUCAGCCAGAUGGGCGGGGUAUAAAUAAUAAAUUAUUAUUAUUAUUAUUAUUAUUAUUAUUAUUAUUACCUCAAAGGUCAUGUUGUGUAGCCCAUCUCCAUGCCUCCUUGUAUGUGCUGUUCUUGUACCGUUCCCAGCACACACUGUUUUUGCCAAAACAUCACGAUGUCUUCCGCAGUGUGGUGUAGUGGUUAAGAGCGGUAGUCUCGUAAUCUGGGGAACCGGGUUCGCGUCUCCGCUCCUCCACAUGCAGCUGCUGGGUGACCUUGGGCCAGUCACACUUCUCUGAAGUCUCUCAGCCCCACUCACCUCACAGAGUGUUUGUUGUGGGGGAGGAAGGGAAAGGAGAAUGUUAGCCGCUUUGAGACUCCUUUGGGUAGUGAUAAAGCGGGAUAUCAAAUCCAAACUCUUCUUCUUCUUCUUCAUUCCAUUAGCGCUUUUACAACACAGUUCAUGGACAGUUCCCUGACAGUUCCAAGACUUGGCAUCCAUUUUGUGGUGUUCUUUAGGCCCAUACAAACCAUACUGUUCGUCCCAGGUUCGAGUCCUGCCCUCCAGAGAUGGAGGAUACAAUCUUGUUCUGUGUACAGCCCUUCAGAUAUUUGAAGAUGGCUCUCCUGUCAUCUCUCAGUCUCCCCUUUCCCUGGCUAAGCAUCCCCAGCGCCCUUAGCUGUUCCUCUAAAGGCUCCCAAGCCCUCUCUGCAUUGUGUCCCGGAGAGGACCCGGGUCUCCUGCCCCACUCCAUCCAGCAAAGCCCCCCAGGCACAACCUGGUGGAGAUCCCCCUCCAGGUCCCCAUCACCCAGGGGCCUCAGUGAGCCAUGAAGUUUGGGUGACCCCGGGGGCGCUUCCGUGUCUCCCAGGCAACAGCGGCAACUGGAUAGAGAUAGCCUACGGCACCAGCUCCGGCACGGUCCGCGUCAUCGUCCAGCACCCGGAGACGGUCAGCUCGGGGCCCCAGCUCUUCCAGACCUUUGCCGUCCACCGCAGCCCCGUCACCAAGGUGAUGCUCUCUGAAAGACACCUCAUCUCAGGUACCGGGGAGGGGAGAGGGUGGCCGGGGGGGUCUGGCAGCCGAAACGGUCGAGGGGAGGAGGAAAGGUGGCUGCUUAGCUUAGGGAAAAGGAGAGGAAGAGGCAAGCAGAUGGAAGGGUCUAAAACAGGGGCUGUCAAGGUUUGCUGGCCAGGGGCCGGAUCAUUCCCACAGAGAUUGUCCGUGGGCCAGACUAGCGCAGUGCAACGCUGGAAAUCGCCUCUGCACAUGCCCAGACUCCGGAAAUUGCGCCUGAGCAGGCGCAAUUUAUGGCGUCUGGACAUGCGCAGAUGUGACUUUUGGUAUCUUGCCCCCCCCCUCCGGCCCUAGGAGUCCUCAUAAGGGAGCUGGUCCUGGAGGAAGAACUGAGGGGAGAGAUUCCAUCAGGCAAGGCCUCUUUCCACCUGCCUUGCUCUACCCUCUUCUCAAUGUGUAUUGUAUUGUUUUACGUACUGUAGUUUGCUGUUGUUUUAUUGAUUAUAGUUUAGAUAUUAUUGUAACUGUUGAGUGGAUUUCUGUUUAACUUUUAUAUGUUGAUGUAUUUAUUUUAUACUAUUCUAAUUGAUUGUUGAAUGUUACUUUUUUGAUGUAGGCUGCCUAUUUUAAAGUUAUGUUUUAUGAUCACAUUUUUGUAUUGCAUUAGAUUGUUAGAUGUACAUUUUUUGUUUUUUUCAGCUUGUAUACCACCUUGAGUAUUGUAAGAUAGAAAGGCGGUAUACAAAUUUAAAAGGAUGGUGGUGAUGGUAUCUGCGCAUGUGCAGAUGUGAUUUCAGGCGUCGCUCGGCGACUCCCUGCACUGGUUUAGCACAGCACGUGGGGGACUCGCUGAGUGGGCGGCUCAGUUUGGGGGCAGCUCAGGAGCCAGUAAAAUGGUCUUUGUGGACCACAUCUGGCCCAUGGGCUGCACGUUGCCGCCCCCUGCUCCUUCCCCCACGCCUCUCCUCUCUCCUCCCCAGUCUGCGCUGACAACAACCACGUCCGCACAUGGACCGUGACCCGCUUCCGCGGCAUGAUCUCCACGCAGCCCGGCUCCACUCCGCUGGCCUCCUUCAAGAUCCUCGCCCUGGAGUCGGUGGACGGGCACGGGGGCUGCAGCGCCGGCACUGACAUUGGCAAGUGGGGGCUGGCUGGGGGGAGGGAGGGUUGGGCCCCCAAGGGAGCUCCCCGCCAUUGCCUUGCCAGGCCUGUGACCCCCCUCCCUUCUCUCUUGCAGGCCCCUUUGGGGAGCGGGACGACCAGCAAGUCUUCCUCCAGAGGGUGGUGCCAGACGCCAGCAAGCUCUACGUGCGACUCUCCUCCACCGGCAAGAGGUGGGUCAGGGGAAGCCCUCCUUGGUGCAGCAGCAGCGCGGAGAUAACCUGCGGAACUCCCUCCCCCAGGAGGCAGAGACCAAGCAGGGUGGCUUGGGAAGAGGGCUGGACAGAUUCACCGAGGAGGAGAGGGCUAUCGAGGGCCCCUUGCUAGGACGGCUCUGUUCUGCCCUCCACGGUCGGAGGCAGGGAUGCUUCUGAAGCGCUGUUGCUGCAAACCGCAGGAGGGGAGAGGGGUACUCGUGCUCAGAUCCCAUGAGACUGGGGGAUCCCAUGAGUACUGUUUUGGGGGAACAGGAUGUGGGCGGGUGUGGGGGACUCCCUGGUCCUGAAUGGGGUAAGUGUGCCCCUGAAGGACCAGGUGCGCAGACUGGGAGUCAUUUUGGACUCACAGCUGUCCAUGGAGGCACAGGUCAAUUCUGUGUCCAGGGCGGCUGUCUACCAGCUAUACCUGGUAAGCAGGUUGAGACCCUCCCUGCCCAUAGACUGUCUGGCCAGAGUGGUGCAUGCUCUGGUUAUCUCCCGCUUGGACUACUGCAAUGCGCUUUACGGGGGUUACCUUUGAAGGUGACCCGGAAACUGCAACUAGUCCAGAAUGUGGUAGCCAGACUGGGGACUGGGAGCAGCUGAGACAACAUAACACCAGUCUUGAAAGACCUACGUUGGCUCCCAGUACGUUUCCGAGCACAAUUCAAAGUGUUGUUGCUGACCUUGAAAGCCCUAAACGGCCUCGGCCCAGUAUACCUGAAGGAGCGUCUCUACCUCCAUCGUUCUGCCCAGACACUGAGGUCCAGCUCCGAGGGCCUUCUGGCGGUUCCCUCACUGUGAGAAGCCAAGUUACAGGGAACCAGGCAGAGGGCCUUCUCGGUGGUGGUGCCUGCCCUGUGGAACGCCCUCCCAUCAGAUGUUGAGGAAAUAAGCAACCAUCUGACUUUUAGAAGACAUCUGAAGGCAGCCCUGUUUAGGGAAGUUUUAAAUGUUUGAUGAAGUAUUGUAUUUUAAUGUUUGGUUGGGAGCUGCCCAGUGUGGCUGCGGAAACCCAGCCAGAUGAGCGGGGUAUAAAUUAUUAUUAUUAUUAUUAUUAUGGUCCUCUGGUUGGUCUCUGUGAAAACAGGAUGCUGGCCUACAUGAGCCAGCCUCUUUCUCUGUUCUUAUGGAGCCUCCAGGUCCAGAAGCAGUCUACAUGUAUUCCCAGCUUCUCAGGGGUGUUUGGAGGCUGGACUGGAUGGGCCCCCUUUGUCCCUGACCCCUUCUUUCUUCUCCCCCCUGCCCUCCGCAGGAUCUGCGAGGUGCGCUCUGUCGACGGGUCCCCCAUCACGGCCUUCGCGGUGCAGGAGUGCGAGGGCUCCAGCCGCAUCGGCUCCCGCCCCCGCCGCUACCUCUUCACCGGCCACACCAACGGUAGCCUGCAGAUGUGGGACCUCACCACCGCCAUGGAGGUGGUGGGCCAGCCGGCAGGUGAGCCAGGCGGGGAGGGGGGCAGCGGGGCUGGUCGUCCCCCCACAGGAGGUCCCAGGUGCUGCCUUGGUGCCUGUCACGUGGGGAGGAAUCAACUGAAGAGCCAUGUGGGGGUCUGGAGGCCGGGUUCUGCCAGGCAGCGCAGGGCACUUCUGGCCCUCUCUUGCUUCCUCUCUGGGCUGGGGCUUUUCUCGUAGGGGUCAUCUGUCCCAACCCCUUGCAAUGCAAGGAGCACAGCUCUAGAAUCCCUGACAGGCGGCCACCCAACUUCCAAGGAGAGUCCACCACGCCCGGGGUGCACACGCCCCCGGAAUGGGACAGACCUCUCUGGGCAUCUUCCUGAUGAAGCGCAGCCUGGGACAUUCGCAUAUCAGUCCUGGUGCGCCCCAGUGACGCAUAUCAAAAGACAUGCGCAUGCUCACUCCGCAGAGUAUGGCAGAAACAAACGUGGAGAGUGAGUGUAGCAUUCUAAGGGAUUUAUUAAGCAGCAUAUACAAGACAGAGCAAGCAUGGCGUCCUCUCACUUCCCCAAGAGGGAGAGAAUAAAGAAAAGUACAAAAGGAGAGCACAGCGGAAGAGAGAUAAGACUGACUUCCGUUCUCACACUUUCCAAGCCUAGAAAGUAUACACAGACGUGAUGUAGCAAUCACACAUCCAGCAACGGAGGAGUGAAACUCUAACACUCCCAAGAUCACAGUCAUGUAAUUGUCUUCUCUGGCAAUCCCUCGUAGCCGAGUAAGAUUGUCUUCCAUGAACACGGCCUUAACAGUGAGUCCGUAAGUGACUGUGGAGGCCAAUUCUGGAUCCACACGUCCUUCCACAGUGGGAACAUUGGUUUCCGGGCAGGAGCUGAUCACUGUGUGGAUUUGCCAAGCGUGGCUUCCUCUUAGCACGUUUCUCCCUUGUGUCCUGAGUUCGAGUGUCUUCAAAGCCCAGGACACCUUUGGUCAAGGCUGUUCUCCAACUGGAGCGCUCGCAGGCCAGUGUUUCCCAAUUGUUGGUCUCUAUACUACAUUUUUAAAGAUUUGCCUUGAGUGAGUCUUUAAACCUCUUUUGUUGACCACCAGCAUUACGCUUUCCAUUUUUAAGUUCGGAAUAGAGUAGUUGCUUUGGAAUACAAUAAUCAGGCAUCUGCACAACAUGACCAGUCCAACAAAGUUGGAUGUUGUAGAGUUGAAAGGGACCCCCAAGGCAAGGGUCGUCUUGUUCUGCCCCCUGCAGUGGAGAAAUCUCCACUCAAGCGACAAGGACAGAUGACCGUCCAACCUCUGCCACCACUUCCUGAGAGAGCCUGUUCCACCAUCACACUUCUCUUUCCCUCAGAAAGUUCUUUCUGAUGUUGAACCGGAAUCUCCUUCCCUGUGACUUGAAACCACGGGUUCGAGUCCUCCCCUCCAGAGCAGGAGGAAACCAGCUCGUUCCCUCUUCCGUGGGGAUCUCCUCUCAGUCUCCUCUUUUCCAGGCUAAACCCACCCACCUGCUUCAGCCGUUCCUCCCCAGGGUUACUUUCCUGCAAUGGCUGUGCCACACACCAGCCCCUGGCACAGUCAGGCUGAUCACUUGCUGGGCCAAUAAAGUCCUCCUCCAUCUCUCUCUCUCCCCGCCCCCCUUUUCCUGCCUUCCUCAGACGCAGGGGGUCUCUCGGAGGAGGAACUUCUGCAGGAACUGGAGCAGUGUGACUUGGCUCUCUCCCACUCCCUCGAGGCCCCCCCAGCCAGGCCUUUGGCUCCCCCCAGCGCUCCUUGGACCGCCAGCACCAGGUAGAGAUUGGCACUCUGCGGGGAGGGGGGGAGGGAGGGCGGAGAAAGCCGACCCCCAGCCCAGCCUCCUUGCCGAGGGCUCACAAUUCCAGGCUAGCGGCUCUUCCCGAGGGGCAGUGGAGGCAGCUGCACCCCAUGGGUCACUCACUCUGUGUGGCAUCUUCCUGAGCAAGGCAUACCGGAGGCAGCGGCAGCCAACAGCCUGGUGGCUUCGAAAGAGGGCGGCACAAAGUCACGGAGGGGGAGAGGGCAAAGGAUGGCCGGCUGUGCUGGGCCUCUUCCGACUGCUGGUUGCUGGAAACCUCAGGAGGGAAGGGGCUCUUGUGUUCAGGUUUCCCUUAAUGGGCAUCUGGUGGGCAGAGGCAUACCCCUUGCACCCUUGGCCGGGAGAUGUCUCGGUGCCUCUGAAGCCAGGAGAGACCAUGGAGAGGAAACGCAACCAGCUUGCUUUGGGUGGCCUUGGCCAGCCUGACCACCCCCUUGGUGUGCCCCUGCUUGCUGGCCACGGGGAGCACAGGAUGCUGGACCCGAGGGGCUCCCCUUGGCCUCAUCCAGCUGCCAGGCUCUUCCUAUGGAGGCUUCUUGUGAUAGCAGAUCCUCCCUGCCCAGGAACAGUCUACCUCUGAAUACCAGAUAAUGGGGAACAUUAGGGGAAUAUGUUCGCACUUGGGUCCUGUUUGGGGGUUUCUCUUGGAGGUGUCUGGUUGUGAGAAGAGGCUGCUGGGCAAGAUGGGCCCUCGGCCGGAUCCUGCAGCCAGGCCCUUCUUGCGCCCUCCUGGCCCUCCCUCAGGGGACUCUAGCCUUCAUGGGCGCAGAUUAUAUCUAUAUAAGGUUCAUUAAAUUUUUCAAAUAUUUUCACAAUAAGCUUCAAAUCAAAUAAUUACCGGUAUAUUAUUUUGUAAGCUGACUUCCCACCCUCACUUCCACUGUGUUUAUCCUCAAAUCUUUUUUACUGCAUUAUUUAUUACAAUUAUUUUGUCGUUUUUCUUCCGCUGCUUUUAUCUCAAUUCCUGCCCGCGAUUUCAUUUGGCAGUAAUAUUUUUUCAAGAUAGUCCACAAAAGGCCUCCAUUCUUCUAUAAAAUGUUCCUCACUUUGUUCUCUUCAUUUCACUCUCAGCUUUGCCAUCUCUGCAGAGUCCGUUACUUUCAGAAGCCGCUCUUCCUUCGGUGCAACCUUUUCUUCUUUCCAUUUCUGCACAUGCAAUAUUCCAGCUGCUGUUGCCACGUACAGAAAUAGUUUCGUCCUCUUCUUCGGAGCUUCUGCUCUUUGGGGAGCAGCCCAUUUUAACGUCUUCUUCCUGUCAUUCCAGAGCAUUCCUCAUAAUCUGCCUUUGCUUCUUCUUCUUCCCCAGCAGCCUCCAGUGCCAAGACUCGGACGGCCCCCGGGACAAGGCGGCCAGGGGCUCCCCGGCCCCCGCCUGCCGCUUCGGCCGCGAGAACCCGCCCCCCCUGGACUCCCCCCACCUGCAGCGCGGAGACCCAGACAGCCGGCGCCUGAGCGGGAACUUUGUGGAGCGCUGCCAGGAACUUGCCCGCACCUCUGGGCUGGCCCAGCCGGACCCCCGGUGGGUCCCCAGGGAGCAGCAGGGGGCCAAGGCCAGGCGUGGCGGCGGGGGCCCUGCUGGCGGCGGGGCCACGGCGGCCCCGAGACCUCCCAGCCCAAGCCCCUCGCCCGGCGAGCCCCCGCUCCCGCUGGCCCCGUCCAAAGUGCGGCUCAGUGAGACCUCCUUCUGACCCUCCCCAAAAGGAGGCGUCACUCCGACCAAAGACCCUCGUGCAGCCGGGGGGGGGCAGCCUUUGCUUCCGGCCUCCUGCACCGCCGUGGGGAGGAGCGCAGGGCUGGCCUCUGAGCCCUCCUCUUCCUCCUGCCCCCCCCAAACGCUUGCACCUCCCUCCCCAAGUGACUUCCAGUCCUCUCAGGGUCUCCUUGCCCCCUUCUCCCCCGGCGCUGGGCGCUUUUCUCCCCAGCGAGGGAUUUUGCACAGGUCUGCAGCAGCAUCCAUGGGGGGACCCUUCUCCUCCUCCGUGGGGAAGGCCCAGGGGGUGGGGGGGUGGCUGUUGUCUCCCUCCCCCCCGCCCCCCACUGACAAGCCAAAGCUCAAUAAUGCCUCUCUUUUUUGUAUCAGUCUGAGACUGGCUAUGCAAUAAAAUAUGGAAGGCUGCCUCUGUGAGUGUCUUGGGGGGGGGGCUGGAGAAAGGAAGAAGAAAUAAAAGAAAAAGAAG